GGCAGUGGCCGAGGAGGCGGCGCGGCGGACGGCGGCCCCAGAACAGCGCCCGCGGGACCGCGCACUGGGAUCACCCGGGCCGCCCCGAGGAGCGUCCGCCGACGCCGCUGCCGCCGCCGUCGCCGUCGCCACGCGCGGACCGAGGUCCCCAACUUAAGCAGCAGAGCUGGACCCCAAACCUCGGCCUUAGCGUGAUCCAGUGCUGUUACCUUCAAGUUCGCGUGGACACCUGGCCUGUCCCCCGUGGUGCUCGCCGACCACGCGUGGCUGCUGCAGCCUGGCGAGUGCUCGGGCCCAGUGGCGGCUGUGCAUCAGCGCUCCUCCCCGCUGUACACCCUGUGAUCACUUUUGGCGAAAAGAGAUGUGGGACAUAUGGAUUUGGGAUAUGAAUUCAUUUGCAAAACCACUCUGGGGUUAUGAACAUGAUUUCUGAUGAAACUGGAUUGGAAUAAUUUUCAUGAUCCUUGUAUUUUACAUAUAUAUUUUUUAAAAUUUUGCAUUAGACUUAAAGUGCCAUGAGAAAAUUUGCAUAUUGCAAGGUGGUCCUGGCCACCUCCUUGAUUUGGGUACUUUUGGAUAUGUUUCUGCUGCUUUACUUCAGUGAAUGCAACAAAUGUGAUGAAAAAAAGGAGAGAGGACUUCCUGCAGGAGAUGUUCCAGAGCCACUACAAAAGCAUCAUGAAGGACCUGGAGAAAUGGGGAAGCCAGUUGUCAUUCCAAAGGAAGAUCAAGAAAAGAUGAAAGAGAUGUUUAAAAUCAAUCAGUUCAACUUAAUGGCAAGUGAGAUGAUUGCACUCAACAGAUCAUUACCAGACGUUAGGUUAGAGGGGUGUAAAACAAAAGUGUAUCCAGAUAAUCUUCCUACGACAAGUGUGGUGAUUGUUUUCCACAAUGAGGCUUGGAGCACACUUUUGCGAACUGUCCACAGUGUCAUUAAUCGUUCACCAAGACACAUGUUAGAAGAGAUUGUUCUAGUAGAUGAUGCCAGUGAAAGAGACUUUUUGAAAAGACCUUUAGAGAGUUAUGUGAAAAAACUGAAAGUACCGGUUCACGUCAUUCGAAUGGAGCAACGUUCUGGAUUGAUCAGAGCUAGGUUAAAAGGGGCUGCUGUAUCCAAAGGCCAAGUCAUCACCUUCUUAGAUGCUCACUGUGAGUGUACGGUGGGAUGGCUCGAACCUCUCUUAGCCAGGAUCAAACAUGACAGGAAAACAGUGGUGUGCCCCAUCAUUGAUGUGAUCAGUGAUGAUACUUUUGAGUACAUGGCAGGCUCUGAUAUGACCUAUGGUGGCUUCAACUGGAAGCUCAAUUUUCGCUGGUAUCCUGUUCCCCAAAGAGAAAUGGACAGAAGGAAAGGUGAUCGGACUCUUCCGGUCAGAACACCUACAAUGGCAGGAGGCCUUUUUUCGAUAGACAGAGAUUAUUUUCAGGAAAUUGGAACAUAUGAUGCUGGAAUGGAUAUUUGGGGAGGAGAAAACCUAGAAAUUUCUUUUAGGAUUUGGCAGUGUGGGGGAACUUUAGAGAUUGUGACCUGCUCACACGUUGGACAUGUGUUCAGAAAGGCAACACCUUACACGUUUCCAGGAGGCACAGGGCAGAUUAUCAACAAAAACAACAGGCGACUUGCAGAAGUGUGGAUGGAUGAAUUCAAGAAUUUUUUCUAUAUAAUUUCUCCAGGUGUUACAAAAGUAGAUUAUGGAGACAUAGCAUCCAGAGUUGGCCUAAGACAUAAACUCCAGUGCAAACCUUUCUCUUGGUACCUAGAGAAUAUAUAUCCUGAUUCUCAGAUUCCACGUCACUAUUUCUCUUUGGGAGAGAUACGGAAUGUGGAAACAAAUCAAUGUCUAGAUAACAUGGCUAGGAAAGAAAAUGAAAAAGUUGGAAUUUUUAAUUGUCAUGGUAUGGGAGGUAAUCAGGUCUUUUCUUAUACUGCCAACAAAGAAAUUAGAACAGAUGACCUUUGCUUAGAUGUCUCUAAACUUAAUGGCCCAGUCACAAUGCUCAAGUGCCACCACCUAAAAGGCAACCAACUCUGGGAGUAUGACCAAGUGAAACUAACCCUGCAGCAUGUGAACAGUAAUCAGUGCCUGGAUAAAGCCACCGAAGAGGACAGCCAGGUGCCCAGCAUCAGAGACUGCAAUGGAAGCCGAUCCCAGCAGUGGCUGCUCCGGAACGUCACCCUUCCAGAAAUAUUCUAAGACCAAAUCACCAGGAAAACAAACAGAAAAAAGGUUCGACUGGGCUACCUCAGCAUACAUCUCUGCCACAUUCUCAAGUAGCGAAAAAGGAAAAGUGCUCUUUCCUCCUCUGCAGGAUGUAAGGUGUAUCAGCCAUUAAAACUUAGACUCCUCUCGCUUUUCACUAGCUGUGAACCAGCCUUCCUGUCCAGGGAUGUGAAACUACAGAGCAGCAAGACUGUGCACACUGAUGUUUACAAGACUGAAAGAGUCUUUUGUCAAGAAUCAUUGCAAAGAAAACUCGGACAUUGGAACAGUCGACAGAAUGCGUUUUCCCGAGAACUGCGCCUUCUAUGGUUUGUUCCCAUGUCAGCAAUUUCUGCCAAGCGUGCAGUCAUAAGGAAGAGAUUACCGAGAUUUUCCUUCUGAUUAGAACUGGUAACCAGUAUAUUAAGUAUUGCUCUAAAAGUGAAUGAAAAAGAACUGGAACCAGAUCCAGAAUCAUGAAAACAUUUUUACAACAAUUUAAAAAAACUAUAUGAAACAGGGUUUAAAGGAAAUUAAAACAGAACUAUGAGAAGUACAAUUUGUUAUAGUAUAGUAUCAAAUUUCUAUAUAGAUUUUUAUACCUCAGAGGGGAAAAAUAACUAAUUCCAAUGAAAUUCAUUCUCUUUUUAUCUGUGAUAGUCAUGGAUGCUUUUAUUUUCCUUGGGGUGCUGAAAUUGAGCUUAAAAGAAGUUUUAAUUGCUUUCUACAUUUUUAAAAUUUGGUUUGUGGGCUAUUGGAAUUUUUAAAUGCCUUUAAAAAGUGGAGAUUUAAAAUGAUGUCUGAUCUCACAGAAUAAGUUAGAUAUCUCAGUUGUUCUUGGGUCAACUGACUUAUAGACUUACACAUGAUACAAAUUUCUUAUUAGUUUUUCAACUUAACUUGAUCCAAGUGAUUAUGCUUAAUACCCAAGAUUCAUACUACUGUACUACAGAUUUGUUUUCACAGCAAUAAAUCUUCAUUUUGUUAUGAUUCCACUCAACAAAAGGCCUGCAGAAGUGAUUUGUUAAUUGAGGAUAUGGAGAUGAUACAUUAAGUUUUUUUGUUUUUUUUUUUACUUUUUUUCACUCCAUACUCAGAUGUGCUGCAUUGUCAAAGUACAUAUUUAGAUUAGAAUUCUUGAAUUGUAAUGUUGACCUGCUACUUUUUUAAAAAAGCUUUUUAAUGUUUAAUUGGCAUUUUAAAUGGGUUAGCCAGAGCUACAGCUCCAUGUUAGUCCAGUAUUUCUCCCCUCACUUCCAUUUAAGUUAAAUCAAUGUUCUUUUUCCCUGACUUUUAGUAACAUGAAAUAAUUUAUCAUUGAAAGUUGAGUAUCAGUUUUUGAAUCUCAUAGAAAAAAAAUCUCAUUGUGACAUUUUCCCCAAAAUGUAAAAUGACCUGUUGGCAAAAAAAAAAAAAAAAAAAAAAAGCAUAGAUCCCUCCCAUUAAAUAUAAGAUUAUAUUUAAUGAUAGUCUUUUUUUUUUUAAUUAUCAAGACUUUCACUGCAGGCAGUGCUAUUUCUUGUGCCUCAGAAUGAUACUUGCCAAGUUGAGUAUUUAGAACGUUUCUGGUAUCUUCUUCAGGUGAAUGAACACCAAGCACAUGUGGGGCUUCAGGGUGAAGCUAUAGUACGUGAAGUGCAUGAAUCUGACCCCAGGAAAUCUGAAAUGAAGCAGAUGCUGGGUGGAGUGCUCCCCCCCCCAUGAGCUGUGUUAAUCCUAUAUUCAGUAGACCUAAUGCUUGAUUAAACCAGAUGUCUAAUCAAUAAAUUAUUUUCAUGAUCAGAAUUUCAGGUUUGCGGUACUCUAGCAUAGCUUGGUCUUAUUCCUUAUUGUAAGAAAACAGGAAUGUGAUUUAAGGUUUUUGUUUUGUUUUUCAAGUGGGGGAUUGUAGACAAUUUAAUUCCUGGGUACUUUUAGAACCUAAUAGAUAAUUCCUUUGCCUUUAUUUUUCUAAUUGAAUAAUUCCUAAAUACUUUGAAAAUAUAAAGUAUUCCUGAAUA